UUUUCUCCGUCAGAUCCACUCCACCUCCUCUUGACCUCUCUCUCUCUCUCGCUCGCGGGAGGAGUUCCGCCGCUCCAGGAUCCAAAGAAGUCUCCGUAGGUCUUUUCCGGCUCCUUUAUCGCUGCCGGAGCCCCAACGAAGUACCGUAGGAAGGCCCCGAUCCAGUCACCAUGGCCGCGGCCAACGCUCCUAUCACCAUGCGGGAAGCCUUGACGCUUCCGAGUCUUGGAAUCAAUCCGCAAUUCAUCACUUUUACGCAUGUAGCGAUGGAAUCAGAGAAGUAUAUAUGUGUCAGGGAGACGUCUCCGCAGAACAGUGUAGUUAUCAUUGACAUGAACAUGCCGAUGCAGCCGUUGAGGAGACCUAUUACCGCGGACUCCGCUUUGAUGAAUCCUAACAGCAGGAUUCUGGCUCUUAAAGCUCAAAUACCAGGAACUACUCAGGAUCAUCUUCAGAUAUUCAAUAUUGAGAUGAAGACUAAAAUGAAAUCUCAUCAGAUGCCUGAGCAGGUUGUCUUUUGGAAGUGGAUCACCCCAAAGAUGUUGGGGCUGGUUACUCAAACUUCAGUAUAUCAUUGGUCGAUGGAAGGUGAUUCAGAGCCUGUUAAGAUGUUUGACAGAACAGCUAAUUUGACAAACAAUCAGAUCAUUAAUUACCGGUGUGAUCCCUCAGAAAAGUGGCUAGUUCUGAUUGGAAUUGCACCUGGUGCCCCUGAGAGACCACAACUGGUCAAGGGAAGUAUGCAGCUUUUUUCUGUGGAUCAGCAACGUAGUCAGGCACUUGAAGCACAUGCUGCAUCCUUUGCAUCAUUUAAGGUUGCUGGCAAUGAAAACCCUUCCAUUCUUAUUUGUUUUGCUUCAAAGACCACUAGUGCUGGACAGAUUAUGUCAAAGCUGCAUGUUAUUGAACUUGGUGCCCAGCCAGGUAAGCCAGGUUUUACAAAGAAACAAGCAGAUCUGUUCUUCCCACCUGAUUUUGCUGAUGACUUCCCUGUGGCAAUGCAGAUCUCACAGAAGUACAGUUUGAUAUAUGUGAUCACGAAGCUUGGUCUGUUAUUUGUGUAUGAUUUGGAGACAGCAACCGCAGUCUAUAGAAAUCGAAUUAGUCCAGAUCCUAUAUUUCUGACCGCAGAGGCUUCGUCUAAUGGUGGCUUUUAUGCUAUUAAUAGGCGAGGCCAGGUUCUGCUUGCUACUGUUAAUGAGACAACUAUUGUGCCCUUCGUCAGUGGUCAAUUGAACAAUCUGGAGCUUGCUGUUAAUCUUGCCAAACGAGGAAACCUUCCAGGGGCAGAGAAUUUGGUUGUGCAGAGGUUCCAGGAGCUAUUCUCUCAAACAAAAUACAAGGAAGCUGCAGAACUUGCUGCAGACUCUCCACAAGGCAUUCUGAGAACACCUGAGACUGUUGCAAAAUUUCAGAGUGUUCCUGUACAAGCUGGGCAAACACCACCCUUGUUGCAGUAUUUUGGAACAUUGCUAACUAAAGGAAAACUCAAUGCAUUUGAGUCUUUGGAAUUAUCUCGCCUAGUUGUGAAUCAGAACAAAAAGAAUCUAUUGGAAAAUUGGUUGGCUGAGGACAAGCUUGAGUGCAGUGAAGAACUGGGGGAUCUUGUGAAGACUGUGGACAAUGAUCUUGCACUGAAAAUAUAUAUAAAAGCAAGGGCGACUCCAAAAGUUGUUGCCGCUUUUGCAGAACGAAGGGAGUUCGACAAGAUUCUUAUAUACUCCAAACAGGUUGGAUACACACCAGAUUAUCUUUUCCUUCUGCAGACAAUUCUACGGUCAGAUCCUCAGGGAGCAGUUAAUUUUGCUCUGAUGAUGUCACAAAUGGAGGGUGGCUGUCCGGUGGAUUAUAAUACAAUCACAGAUCUCUUCCUUCAGAGGAACAUGAUCCGAGAGGCAACAGCUUUUCUGUUAGAUGUUUUAAAGCCAAAUCUACCUGAGCAUGCUUUCCUUCAAACCAAGGUCUUAGAGAUCAAUCUGGUGACAUAUCCAAAUGUUGCAGAUGCUAUAUUAGCUAAUGGAAUGUUCAGUCAUUAUGAUCGCCCCCGGAUAGCUCAACUGUGUGAGAAGGCUGGGUUAUAUAUGAGAGCCCUUCAGCAUUAUACAGAGUUGCCUGAUAUUAAACGUGUUAUUGUGAAUACUCAUGCCAUUGAGCCACAGGCACUAGUGGAAUUCUUUGGGUCACUUUCCAAAGAGUGGGCAUUAGAAUGCAUGAAGGAUCUUUUGCUGGCCAAUCUGAGAGGAAAUCUUCAAAUAAUUGUGCAGGUUGCAAAAGAAUAUUCCGAGCAGCUAGGUGUGGAAGCAUGCAUAAAACUGUUUGAACAAUUUAAGUCCUAUGAAGGUCUUUACUUCUUUUUGGGUUCAUAUCUGAGUUCCAGUGAAGAUCCAGAAAUACACUUCAAAUAUAUCGAGGCAGCAGCCAAAACUGGUCAAAUUAAGGAAGUUGAGCGUGUAACUAGAGAAUCUAACUUCUACGACCCUGAGAAAACAAAGAAUUUCCUGAUGGAAUCCAAACUACCAGAUGCACGCCCCCUGAUAAAUGUCUGUGAUCGUUUUGGAUUUAUUCCUGAUUUGACUCACUACUUGUAUACAAACAACAUGCUUCGGUAUAUUGAAGGCUAUGUGCAGAAAGUGAACCCAGGCAAUGCUCCUUUGGUGGUUGGACAACUUCUUGAUGACGAGUGUCCUGAAGAUUUCAUAAAGGGUCUCAUUCUUUCUGUUCGUUCCCUUCUUCCAGUUGAGCCCCUUGUCGCUGAAUGUGAAAAGAGGAAUCGUCUACGGUUACUCACACAAUUUUUGGAACAUCUUGUGAGUGAGGGAAGCCAGGAUGUGCAUGUUCACAAUGCUCUGGGAAAGAUAAUCAUAGACAGCAACAACAAUCCUGAGCAUUUUCUCACUACUAAUCCAUAUUAUGAUUCACGUGUUGUGGGUAAAUACUGUGAAAAACGGGAUCCCACCCUUGCAGUUGUUGCAUAUAGACGUGGACAAUGUGAUGAUGAGCUCAUAAAUGUCACAAAUAAAAACUCUCUUUUCAAACUGCAGGCCAGAUAUGUUGUGGAAAGGAUGGAUGCUGAUCUAUGGGAGAAGGUUCUUCAACCUGAUAACGAAUAUAGAAGACAGCUUAUUGACCAAGUUGUUUCUACUGCAUUGCCUGAAAGCAAGAGUCCAGAGCAAGUUUCUGCAGCUGUUAAAGCUUUCAUGACCGCAGAUCUUCCACACGAACUGAUUGAACUUCUUGAAAAGAUUGUGCUCCAAAAUUCUGCAUUCAGUGGGAACUUCAAUUUGCAAAACCUGCUUAUCUUAACAGCUAUUAAAGCAGAUGCAUCCAGGGUUAUGGAUUACAUUAAUAGGUUGGACAACUUUGAUGGCCCUGCGGUUGGAGAGGUAGCUGUUGAAGCACAAUUAUAUGAGGAAGCCUUUGCCAUCUUUAAGAAAUUCAACCUAAAUGUACAAGCAGUAAAUGUUCUGCUGGAUAACAUCCAAAGCAUAGAGCGGGCUGUAGAAUUUGCAUACAGAGUUGAAGAAGAUGCUGUUUGGAGCCAGGUUGCUAAGGCUCAGUUAAGGGAAGGGUUAGUAAGUGAUGCUAUUGAAUCAUUCAUUCGUGCAGAUGAUGCAACCCAUUUCCUUGAUGUUAUUAGGGCAGCUGAGGAGGCUAAUGUAUAUCAUGACUUGGUAAAGUACUUACUGAUGGUGAGGCAAAAGGCCAAAGAGCCAAAGGUGGAUGGUGAACUUAUUUAUGCAUAUGCAAAGAUUGAUAGACUAGGUGAAAUAGAAGAAUUCAUUCUUAUACCAAAUGUUGCUAAUCUCCAAAAUGUUGGUGAUCGUUUAUUUGAUGAUGCCCUUUAUGAAGCUGCUAAGAUAAUAUUUGCCUUCAUUUCUAACUGGGCUAAGCUGGCUAGUACACUAGUCAAGCUGAAGCAGUUCCAAGGUGCGGUUGAUGCCGCUCGCAAAGCAAACAGCUCAAAGACAUGGAAGGAAGUUUGUUUUGCCUGUGUUGAUGCUGAGGAAUUCCGCCUGGCACAAAUUUGUGGUCUGAAUAUCAUUAUACAGGUUGAUGACUUGGAAGAAGUCAGUGAAUAUUACCAGAACAGGGGAUGCUUCAACGAGCUAAUUUCACUUAUGGAGAGUGGCCUUGGGUUGGAACGUGCACAUAUGGGUAUUUUUACAGAGUUGGGAGUGCUGUAUGCUAGAUACCGACCUGAAAAACUGAUGGAGCAUAUCAAACUUUUCUCUACCCGUCUCAAUAUUCCCAAGCUUAUCCGUGUAUGUGAUGAGCAGCAGCACUGGAAAGAGCUCACCUAUCUGUAUAUACAGUAUGAUGAGUUUGACAAUGCUGCCACCACUAUAAUGAACCAUUCUCCUGAUGCAUGGGAUCACAUGCAGUUCAAGGAUGUUGUAGUCAAGGUUGCAAAUGUUGAGCUCUAUUACAAGGCAGUGCAUUUCUACCUGCAAGAACAUCCUGACCUGAUUAACGAUCUCCUCAAUGUACUUGCCCUUCGUGUAGAUCAUACACGUGUAGUAGACAUAAUGCGGAAGGCUGGCCACUUGCAUCUCGUGAAACCAUACAUGGUUGCAGUACAAAGUAACAAUGUAGCUGCCGUUAAUGAAGCAUUGAAUGGAAUUUAUAUUGAGGAGGAGGACUAUGACAGGUUACGGGAAUCAGUUGAUCUGCAUGACAACUUUGAUCAGAUAGGUCUAGCACAGAAGAUUGAGAAGCAUGAGCUUCUGGAGAUGAGGAGGAUUGCUGCAUAUAUCUAUAAGAAAGCAGGGAGAUGGAAGCAGUCCAUUGCUCUGUCCAAGAAGGACAACCUGUACAAAGAUGCCAUGGAGACAUGCUCACAGUCUGGUGACCGUGAGCUUUCAGAGGAGUUGCUUGUUUAUUUCAUUGAGCAGGGAAAGAAGGAAUGCUUUGCUUCAUGUCUCUUCAUAUGUUAUGACUUGAUUCGGGCUGAUGUCAUUCUUGAGCUUGCCUGGAUGAACAACAUGAUCGACUUUGCUUUCCCAUACCUCUUGCAGUAUAUUCGUGAGUACAGUGGCAAAGUAGAUCAACUAAUAAAAGACAAAAUUGAAGCACAAAAUGAAGUCAAAUCUAAAGAGAAGGAAGAUAAGGAUCUGGUUGCACAGCAGAAUUUGUAUGCACAGUUGCUGCCACUUGCAUUGCCGGCUCCAACGAUGCCAGGAAUGGGAGGACCUUUUUCAGCCCCACAACCACCAGUGGGUGGGAUGGGCAUGCCUCCAAUGCCUCCAUUUGGCAUGCCCCCAGUGGGAAGCUACUGAUGGUCUUCAGAGGUUGAUGCCAAUUGGAGAAGAUUCGAGACAUUCUUUUCCUCCACUGGUGGUGCAGUGGGUUGAAGCAGCAGUAGCCACCAGUUGUCAUAAUGUAGCUUACACCAGUUGCCCUUACUAUUCUUUUGGUAGCAGGCGAUAUUUUGCUGCUGUUUAGGCUGAGUUGAGUAUUCUGUAUGGAGGCUAAAUUUCACAUGAUUAGAAAAUAGUGUGGUUAGAUUUGGUGUGAAGAAUGGCUGCAUGCAAUGUGUAUAGGUUUGCUUGAUAUAUUCAAUAGUUUUUCUUUGAAUCCUCCGUCAGAGGCACCAUCGGCUGUAUUCUUUUGCUGUGUUGUUGCUUUCAUUUCUCAGUGCGUAUUGGAUAGAUUGAUUUUGUAUGUUAUUUAUGUUCUUUCAAUUAAAGCUUUGAAGCACCUGGUUUCCUGUGAGAAA